UAGAAAAUUAAAAUUUCGGAAAGUCAAGACACCACCCACGAAAAAUGGAUCCCGACCCGAACCGCAGUACUUUCCCGUUUAAAUUCUUAAUUCCUAAAAUGCUGAACCAGCCAGCAUCAACAUUAUUGUGUGAGGUUGAUGUUAUGUUCUAAAGAAUUCAAAAUAUAUUCCGUUAAAUCGCCAUCACUUUUAAAUCUUGCAAAACUCAGAAAAGCAUUGAUUCCACCUCGCUCUGUUGACAAGGUAAAAUUUUAUACUUGGGUUAUAAGAAGAAUUGAUUGAUAUUAUUGCAAAUGUCAAGUAGCACAAGGAGUGAUGGAGACAACUUUAUUGAUGCUGAGGAACUCUUGGAGAUUGAAACAAGAUGCAGAGAGUUGCGGAAAGAAAAAGAGAUGUUGAAAGAAUCACAAACUCAGGGCUUUGAACUAAUCAGGAGACUAGAACUACAUGUAAAGUCAUUAUCGGAAGCUCGUAUCCAGGACAAAAAACAUAUUCAGAAAUUGGAAAGGGAGCUAAAAAACUGCUCUCAAGAAAUAGAUUACUUGCAGGAUCAACUAAGUGCAAGGAAUGAAGAGGUCAACAGUCUAACUGACCGUGUGCACAACCUUGAGAUCAAAUUAGCAGACAUGGAAAGUUUACGGGAGAAGGUGGACCGGUUGAUAGAAGAAUUGAACAGGUCCAACUCUGAGCACUUGUUACUAAUGCAGGAAAUAGAGAACAAAGAAGAAGAGCUGCAACAGUCAGCUUUGUGCAUUGAGAAAUUGGAGGAGUCAGUUUCAUCUAUGGCGCUGGAGUCCCAGUGUGAAAUAGAGAGCAUGAAACUUGAUAUAACAGCCUUGGAGCAGACAUGCCUUGAAGCCAAAAAAACUGAGGAGGAAAUUGUUCAAGAAAAGUCCAAGAUGAAUGUUGUAAUUGAAGGGCUUGAGUUUCAGCUUCAGAAUGCACAGGAAAUUAUUGAAGUGCUAGAUAAUGAAAAUAAAGAGCUAAGAGGAAAGCUUAUUACAUCUGAAAAUACUGCUGAGAUUUUCUGCCAAAAGCUCAAGGAAUGGCUGAAAAGCAAGGACAGAUCACAGCACAAUAUGCUUUCGGUCUUGGGUGAACCAAAAAGCAUGAUUACAAUAUCAAAACAUAUAAGUGGCUGCAAAGAACUCUUUGGUGCGCUCCUUUCAGAAGUUGCACUAGUAGUGGAAUCUGAUGCUGAUUCGAAGGAGCAGAUUGAAAGCAUGUCACAUCAGAUAAAUGAAUAUGAACUCCUGGUGAAGCAACUUAAGGAAGAGUUGAGAGAGCAAAAGUUGAAAGCAAAGGAAGAAGCAGAGGAUCUAGCACAAGAAAUGGCUGAGCUGAGGUACCGGAUGAUGGGCCUGCUUGAAGAAGAGUGCAAGCGCCGAGCUUGCAUUGAACAAGCAUCUUUACAGAGAAUAGCUGAGUUAGAGGCACAGAUUCAAAAAGAGCCCCAAAAUUCAGUUGCUGUUAUUAGACAUCUCCAUGAAUCAUAGGGAUUGGCUGCAGUAGAAUUGUUGAUGUCCAUUAAUUGGAAACUGAGUCAGAGGAACGCCUUCCAAUGGCUAACCUCGGGAAAGAUAUAUAUGAUUUGCAUUGAUCAAGGUUCUGGGAACGAUGGAAGUACGAGGGGAGGUAGAAACACUGUUACAGUAGUGUGUGUGUGGGUGUGUGUUUUUCAAGUGGUGUGUAAUUUUGCACUAGUUUGUUGUUUGUUGCAGCUGGUUAUUUUGUGGGGCUUUCAAGCUUCCAAUUUGCAUUGGUGUUCUGUAUUUUGUGGGUUCUCAAGUUUUCACUUUUGCAAUACAUUCAAAGACAUCACACUGCAUUCAGGUCUGACUAAAAAGAACGCUGGAUAUGGCAGAGUUUCUCCCCCAUUUAUACCUUGUAAGACCAAGCACUGAACGUAGUCCAGAUUCUGGUGAUAUAAUGCAGCUAGUUGUUGUAUUAUCAUAUUUCUUUAUAUAAUCUGAUUGAACGGUUUCUUGAAAUUGUUGUGCCCUCGUAAAUGAA